AAAAAGACCCGUUGUUGCGCAACGUCUCGUCCCCACCUCCCCCCGGUCGCGGUGCUGUCCUUGCAUUCGUUUGCAUUACUUUCAUUUGCCUCGUCUCAGAUCCGAUCCAUCUGAACCGCCACGAUGUCUGACUACGGUGAUAACGACGCCGAGGAAACUUACGACUAUGAGCCGGAGCAGUACGACGACGCCGAGCCCGAGGACUUCAUAAACCCCGAGGAUGUCGACGUCGCGGAAGGAGGUGCCGAUGAAUACGGCGAGGGCUCGUACGCGCCGGCUGCCAACGGAGACCGCGUCGUCGUUUCGGGCGACCCGAAUGCGGGGUAUGGAGGCAAAGUGAUGGAACAGGCGCGGGAGAAGAAGGUGCCGAACGACCAGCGCACGACGACCCCAUACAUGACCAAGUACGAGCGCGCGCGCGUGCUGGGUACCCGGGCUCUGCAGAUCAGUAUGAACGCCCCGGUACUUGUCGACCUCGAGGGCGAGACGGAUCCCCUGCAGAUUGCCAUGAAGGAGCUGAACCAGAAGAAGAUCCCUCUGAUCGUGCGCAGAUAUCUUCCCGAUGGAUGGUACGAGGACUGGACAUGCGAGGAAUUGCAGUAGAUGCCGGGCGGAUGUGGAGGGCUGUAUAUUGACAACUGCUUCUUGUUCUAUUAUUUGUAUGUCUUUGGUCUUAGACCCUUUUCCCCUGGGCAGCAUAGCGUUUGGAGUUUGGGAGUAGGGAAGGCCACAUCGGCCUAAGUGGCCCCUAGGUCACCGGGGGGCAAAAAAAAAAAAAC